CACCAAGCCAGCCUAUUUACAACCAACAGAACAAAACAAGCAAUCACCAUCACCAUCUCAGCCUCAACCCACUCGGAAUGCCUCCCCGAUCUCGCACCGCAACAUCGGACGCAUAUCAUGGUUCAUUCGAUCCUGGGGUCACUGGACGACGAACAGGAGUAGCACCACCGACAAAAGUUCGACGGACUUCGAAUGGAAUCGAAGCUUUCUCAGAUUAUUUCAAUUCUCCUAGAAAAGAUCCAAGCGUCUCGCCCAUUAGAUCCCCAAGCAAACGAACAAAUGAUGACCAGAUACCCCAACGAAUGAGAAACGAUCGUCCCGAUAUGUUUCAUGAAAUCGGUGAACGCGGAAGGAAAACAGGGAUCAGUCCACCCAAAAACUCGACGAGGGAUGAGAAUGGAUUUGAAGAUUUUGAUAAUUAUCUGAUUAAAGCGACCGAGCAAACUAAUAAAGGAAUCGCGAGAGAGAGGAGGAAGAGCAUGCGACGGAAAUCUACCGGUCAAGCCCUCCACAACCGGAAACUCUCUGUUGCCACAUUUGUAGACGACGACGAUGACGAUGAUGAAUUCAUGGAAGAAAGUAUGAGUCUUGCUACCCCUGACACCAGCGCCUUACAACGCCGACAAUCCCGCUCCUCGCAUCUUGGAUCAGCUCAAUCAAAUCCGAUUGAUUCAGAUCAACGGAAAACUCGAUCAAGAAUUUCAGAUGCGAUAGAUCAAUCAAUACGAACACCUACCGGCUCUGACUUGAUUGACUUUGAUGUGGUUCCCGAAGGUCCUGUUCAUUCACACUCACGACAUAAGUCUCACGAUGAACAGCCGAUGACAAUACAGGAUGAUGAACAAGAACAAGAUGAAGAUGAAGAUGAUAUACAAAACUCAGGAGGGAUGGUGGCCAAUGAAUAUGAUGAGGAGUCUGUUGUUAGUGGUGAAUUGGAUGCCCCACCUCCUCCACCCGACUCGGUUGAAGACGAAGAAUCGGACAAUCCCGCCGGAUUAGAGGAUAUUGCCGAGGUCGAAGAGGAGGAGGAGGACCACGAGACAACAGCUGGCCCUAACGAUCAUGCGGAUUCGUCUAAUCCCAAGCCGCCUGAACGUCCGAAACCGCAGAAAAAAAACCAUCGUCCUCCACCUCCUGCAGGGGUUCGUCGAGGACAACGGCAACGCUUUGAACGUCUAGCACAUUGGAGAGGUGAACGGGUCGUCUACGGGCGGAGUGUGACGCCGGACGGGAACCAAAAAGUAAUAGGAAUGGUAGAUGUGGUCCGAGUGCCGACCGAGCCGCCUGAGUCAUUUGCCGCAUCUAGGCGAAACCGACGUGGGAUGACAAAGAUCAAAUCCGAAAGCGUUGCACCCCAAGAGAUCCAUGACAACCGCCAGCCAGAGGAAGGCUGGGAUUCUAAAACCCUGCCGAACGGGAUCGUCUACAGUUCUACUAAACAUAAAGAUAUCGAACGUGCCGUCGUUUGUACGAAGAAUAUGGUCACCAUUGACGUCGAAGGCAAAGCUGGAGUACCUAACUCGUUCGAGUUUCAAAGAGUCUUCAAGCAUUCAGAUUUCAUUGCUGGCGGAUUCAUGUAUAUCCCUGUGGGUGGCGGUAAACCACUCAAACCAUCUAAGGAUAAUUGCUAUUUUUUUACCGUUGUAGAAGGGGCAGUUUCAGUCCAUGUCCAUCGGACUACGUUUGUUGUUGCUCCUCACGGCGUGUUUUGGAUUCCUCGAGGGAACGUUUACUCAAUACAAAACAUCAGUGAAAGGACGGCCAAACUGUCAUUUGCUCAAGCUAGAAGAGCCACCGAUGCAGAUGCAGAGAUAGAUUCGGAUGACAUAGAUGAAGAGCAUUCGAUGCUUCAAAACAGUUCCAACGACCCAUCCACAUCCACCAGCAUACCCCAGAAAGCCGGCCGUCUCCCUCAUCCUGACGAAUCUCUUACUCAUGAUCCCACUAACAAAUCAACCAAGACCCGGAAAAAUCUUAACAAGAAUAAGAAAAAGGUUGUCAAUGAGAAUGAUACCAGUGCUAGCACCAAUACCAGUAAUCCUCCUGGUAAGAAAAAACCAAGGAAGGUGCUUGGGAUGAAGAAAAAGAAGAAGAAUAUGAAACAGAAGCAGAAGCAGAAGGAACAACCCGACGAAGAAGAACCUGAUGAGGAACAGCAACAAGAAGAAGAAAGGGAAGAGGAGGGGGAAGAGGAAGAAGAAGAAGAAGCACAGUCAUCAUGACAGUCUGCUUAAAAAUCCCCGAUUUCACUCUUUUUGUUUUUGCCACAACAAACAUUUUUUCUCUUGGUUCUGACUCAUCUUAUCUUUGGUUUUCUGAGUCAACUUUGUCUCAUCAGACUUGCAUAUUCACAAAAGCUGGUCUCAAUCUUGGCUGCCAUAGUUUUGUCACAUGAUGUAUCUUGUAUCUUCCUAUCUCUUUCCGC